UCUCGAUGGUUAUCAUUAAGUGUUUGGCGCCUUUCAAGUAAGCACCAAGUAGUCUUAUCUGUGUGGAUUAGUUCAUUGAUACCCUAAGCUUUGCAAAGAUGUUUAAAUUGAUUGCUGUCUUCAUGAUCGCUGUUGCUGCAGCCUCUGCGAAACCUCUUGUCGCCGUACCAGCUGCCUAUACUGCCCCAGUAGCCUACAGUGCUCCCUUAGUAGCUGGUCCAGGAGUCGUCACGGCGACUAGCUCUCAGGUUGUGGCUCGGAAUUACAAUGGAAUUGCUGCCCCAGUUGUAGCUGCUUCUGCCCCACUUGUUGCUGCUCCAGCUGCACUACCAUACACCGCUUACCCUGCUCUUGCCUCAAACUACCCCUAUGCUGCCUAUUCCUACCCAUAUGCUCCCUAUGCUCCCUAUGUCCUCUGAAAAAAUCAGCAAUCAUUUUUGAAACGUCUUUAGCACAAAUUUUUCAAUGACUUUCCAUCGAUGACUUUAUUAGUUUUUAAAAAUGCAAUAAAAUGGAAAACAUUUUUUAUUUUAAA